AUCAGUCGCGAACAACCUAUGAUUCAUAAUAAACUUUAUUGUGAUCAAGUACCUAAAAAACUCUUAAAUAAUGUAGUAUUAUCGAAAUUAAAUAAUCAUGAUGAUUUAAGAUCAGUUAAAUCUCAUACUGAAUUAGCUGAAACUGCAAAUGGAGUAAGAAUGUUAGCUAAGAAUUUAGCUAAAGCUACUAUUCAAUUAGAUGUAAGAGUUAUUAUGAUUGUCACUAAAGCCAGAGAUAAUUCAUUGAUUUAUCUUACCAGAGAAAUUGUGGAAUGGCUUUUAACUAGAGAACGUGAUAUUGUGGUCUAUGUUGAUAAUAAAUUACAAAUUUCCAAACGAUUUGAUUCAAAUUCUAUAUUGGAAAAUUAUCCCAAAUCAAAUCAAUUAUUAAAAUAUUGGGAUAAAAAAUUUGCAUCUAAGAAUCCUGAAAUUUUCGAUUUGGUUAUAACUUUAGGAGGUGAUGGUACUGUUCUUUAUGUAUCUAAUUUAUUUCAAAGAGUUGUCCCCCCAGUUAUAUCAUUUGCAUUAGGUUCACUUGGAUUUUUAACCAAUUUUAAUUUUCAUCAAUUUAGAGAAAAAAUGAUAACAGUAGUUGAACUGGGAGUUAGAGCUUAUUUAAGAAUGAGAUUUACAUGUCGAGUUCAUCGUGCUGAUGGGAAAUUGGUUUGUGAACAACAAGUUUUAAAUGAAUUAGUGGUGGAUAGAGGUCCUUCACCUUAUGUUACUCAAUUAGAAUUAUAUGGAGAUGGAUCAUUAUUAACCGUGGCCCAAGCUGAUGGAUUAAUCAUUGCAACUCCAACUGGGUCAACAGCUUAUUCAUUAAGUGCAGGGGGAUCAUUGGUUCAUCCUGGAGUUAGUGCUAUAAGUGUUACCCCAAUUUGUCCUCAUACUUUAUCAUUCCGACCAAUAUUAUUACCUGAUGGAAUGUUUUUAAAAGUAAAAGUUCCAUUACAAAGUAGAUCAACAGCAUGGGCAUCAUUUGAUGGGAAAGUUCGAACUGAAUUAAGAAAAGGUGAUUAUGUUACAAUUCAAGCUAGUCCAUUCCCAUUCCCCACUGUUAUAAGUUCUAAAACUGAAUAUAUUGAUAGUGUUAGUAGGAAUUUGAAUUGGAAUGUUAGAGAACAACAAAAACCUUUUAGUCAUAUUAUGUCACGAGGUCAUGGAGCAACUGGACCUGCUGCUGUUAGUAGUGUUAAUUCGAUAAAUAAUACAUCGUUGACACCAUCAGAUGAUGAAUUAGAAGAAGAAGAAGAAGAAGAUAUUGAUAUUGAUGAUGAAGAUGAAGAUGAUAGCCCAUAUUUACCUCCACCAGGUCAGGGUAUAAAUACUCCACCUCAUUAUGAAGCAGAAGAUGAUCAUCGUGAAUGUUUUGCCCAUCCUCAUGCAAAGAUCACGUUAGCUGGGAUUAGUUCUGGAAGUACCAGUAGUAGUAGUGCUGGAGGGAUAAGAAAUCAUACCCUUCAUAAUAAUUCCAAUCAUCAUCAUCAACAUAGUAGUAAUAAUAAUAAUACUAGUGGGAAUGGAAGAGUUAUAAGUUCUACAUCGAGUACGCGAUAUUCAUCAUCGAAUGCAUCGAUUGCAUCGUCUGAUGAUAACUAGGAGGAUUAGUUUGUGUUUAGUUUGUAAAUAAGUUAAAUCAAUAUAUUCAAUCAAUCAAUCUAUUUAUAUAUAUAUAUAGUUGCUAUAGAUAUAAACGCGUGACUCACCAAGUAAAGUCGUGUACUUUUCCUCAAUUAAAAGUUUAUUUUUAGUUAUCAGAACACGCUUCUCACUCUUUGUUUAAAAUUAGCUUAACAAAAC